AUGAUAUUUUUGACGUUUUGCUUUUUAAUUUAUAAUGUCAGUGGUCAAAAUGAGAACAGUGUUACGAAGGAAGUACAGAGAUUAAUAAAACUGUGUUCAUAUUGUACGUGUAGUGAAAUUCCGGAUAUCGAUGGUACUCAUUUAGUGUUAAAUAUACUGUGUUCAGAGUUGGACAGGAUAGAAAACGUCGCCGAUUUGGAUAAAAUACAAUGGCCGGAGAACCUCAAUGGAUUGAAAAUCGCCGCUACUUUCGAAGGAUUGGGACUUGUUACACUUGGAAAAUUGCCGCCAAAUCCACAGGUGGAAACUUUACGGUUUAGUAAUAAUGCUAUCAAGACGUAUUGGCCUGAUCCUUUUAGCGACGUGCCCAAUUUGAAGAGGCUUUCUUUCACUCAAAAUGAAUUGAUGGAGAUCACACCGGAUUUGUUUACGAAAAUCGACGGUUUGGAAGAGUUGGAUCUCUCAUACAAUAAACUGACGGAAUUAAAUCCAUUAGAUUUUAAGUUCUUGCAGCACGUGAAAAGGUUAAAUUUGCAGAGCAACCUUCUGAAGAAGAUACCCAUUGAAGCUUUGGAACCAAUGGCUAUGUUAGAGGACUUGGAUCUUAGCAAAAAUGCUAUAUACGAUCUAUUAUUACGGACCUCUAAAAGUGAGCCAUUUAAAGUUGUUAAAAGGUUGAGUUUAAACGGGAACAGAAUAAGAUCCGUGACCAAGGAGUCAUUUCCUUCAAAUAAUAGUAUUGAACUUCUAGACUUGUCCAACAAUGUGAUAGAGAUAGUAGAAGAAGGUUCGUUUUUAACGUGUGUAAACUUACGCGAACUGAACCUUGCGCAAAACAACAUAACGUUCACUUUUGCCCUGCCGUCUACACUGCAGAUUGCUAUAUUCAGAAUUAACACCUUAUACCACUGGCCUACAUUCCCUAGUGGUAUCACUUACAUCGAUUUAUCAUACAAUCGACUAUCAGAUAUGUACAAUGAAAAUCAAGUCGAUUUUGAUAACUUAGAGAUUCUUAAUGUCGCAGGGAAUCAGAUAAAGGAUGUUAAUAUAGAAAAGAAACUACCAAAGCUAUACAAUUUAGAUAUAUCGUACAACUUAAUUAAAGAAAUACCAAAAUGCCUAAACAGUCAGAUAUUACCAAAGUUAGAAGAAUUGCGAUUGGAUGGUAACCCUAUCGAAGACGUUUAUUUCAAAAACAUUUUAGCUUUAAAAACAUUGUAUAUUAAUGACAUUCAUAAAUUAAUUACUGUAAAGGACAAGGCGUUUAGCAACGUUAUUGGUAGAGGUGAUGAAACGACAAAUGAAAAAAAUUGUUUCUAUCUCUACAUGUCUAACUGCGGUUCAUUGAGCGAAAUAGAAGAGGGCGCUUUUGACGCAACUUCUUUGUGCAUGAUAGACAUAAGUAAGAAUAACUUGACGGAGCUAUCUAAGAAUCUUCUCGACUGGUCUUCUCUGACCGAGGGUGCAAAUCUACAGUACAAUCCAUGGCAUUGUUCUUGUCAGCUACAGUGGGUUUUGGAUGAAAUUUUGCCAGUUCUCUACAAGAUCAAUUCGCGACUAUUGACUGAGCUCCGAUGUGGAUCACCACGAGCUUACGAAGGUCUACGUUUGGUGCAUUGGUACAACUGGACCGAGCAGGCCAUGUGUAGUGAAAUGAUGAGGAGAUCCGGCCCAGGAGGCACUUAUGUGUUGGAACCUUCAACCGACAGUGACUCCGCCUUUAGGGUCAGCACUCUCACACUCAUACUAGGCGCCUGCAUCAUUAUUGGUCUGCUCAUAGUCAUAGCCCUGUCAGUUUACCUCAUAAAGAACAGAAGACGGCAUAGGAUACGACAAGGAGCUCUAAAACGAAAGAGACAACGUGCUUCCGACGUUAAGAAUACGAAUGGAACUAAUGGAGACCAGUUCACAUUUUUGAAUAAAACUUAA